AGAGCCACUCACAAAAAUGGGCUCUAAAAUGAAGGUCCAAAUUUUCAUGGCUUUUUCUCUUUUAGCCAUUGCUCUGGCCGAUACACAAGGCUACUAUCCUCCUACUUAUACACCACCUGUGCAAGAACCACCUCCCACCUAUGGACCACCCGUGGAAGAACCACCACCUGUUCAAACGCCUCCUCCAACCUAUGCACCACCAGUGGAAAAACCACCACCUGUGGAAAAGCCACCACCAAUUUACCACCCCCCACCUGUGCAAAAGCCACCUCCAAUCCAAAUACCACCACCAAUUUACCACCCCCCACCGGUACAAAAGCCACCUCCUGUCCAAAAACCACCACCAAUAUAUCAACCCCCACCUGUGCAAAAGCCACCACCAAUAUACCACCCCCCACCAGUGCAAAAACCACCUCCA